ACUUAAUUUGACUAAUGAAAUGGCCUUUGAUAGGGCCGCGUGGAGAAGAAGGAUUCAUGUAUCCAACACCAUUUGAUGGGACUUAAGGCGUGGCUUGGUUUGGUUUGGUUAUUGUGAGGAUGUAUCCGGAUAUAGAGGAUAGAGUGAAGGUUGGUGAGCAAUUAGAAAAGUUCAAUAAGGUCGAGGGUAUGUUUGGUAUGAGCAUGGCCAUCUUGACAAGGGAAAAGAAACAACUCGCUCUAUGGUGGGAAAGUUACGGAGAAGAGUGCAAAGAGCUUCAAAAGCUAGCUAUGCGAGUGCUAAGUCUUACUUGUAGUGCCACCGGGUGUGAGAGAAAUUGGAGCACUUUUGAUCAUGGGCACUCGAAGAAAAGAAACCGGUUGGAGCAACAACGGUUGAAUGCUUUGGUUUUUGUGAAGUAUAAUAUUCAACUUGAGUUAAGGCAAAUUAAGAGACAAGAAAGGGGUGAGACUUAUGAUCCUAUUUAUUUAUUGGAUAUGGAAUCCGAUGAUGAAUGGAUUACCGAGAAAGAGGAUCCAUGUCUACCCGAAGAUCAUUCAUGGAUGGACAUCCAAGAGUGCUUCGAAGAUGAUGAAGGAACAACAACUAGCAAAAAGAGAAAAAGAGGACCAAGAAAUUUAAAUGCCACCGAUAGAGGAAAAAGAAAAGUAUUUGAAGAUGACGAUGAAGUUGAAUUGAUUGAAGGUGGGGAAGGGGAAGAGGAAGAGGAAGAAGAGUUUGAUGAAGUGACUAUGGUAGAUGAUGAUGAAGAUGAUAUUGACCUUGGAGACGAUGAAGAUUGAAAUGAAGAAAUGAAGACUUUUUGGAAUUUUUAACUUUGUCUAAUCUAACUUUUGUUUUGUAUGGUUUCUUUUUGACACAAGUUACUUUACAAGUAUAGAUUAGAGUUUUGAAAAGUUUAGAACUUGUUAAGUUGUGAACCUUAUUCAUGAUCAUACAUUCAUAGAAUCAAAUUAUAAUGAAUAUGGAUUGCCAUACAUAUAUGUUGUGAUGUGUAUUUACAUAAAUUAUAUCAUAAAUACAUAAAUAUAAUAUAGGAUGAUAGAUCACGGUGGGGCUCGGACCCACAUCUCUUGCCAUAGAAGCGUCUUACCUAUUUAGACCACGUGAUCAUCAUGUAAAGUAACAUUUUUAUUACUUUAAAUCUAAAUAUUUCAUAUUGAUAAUAUUUAAGUGUAUAAAUAUGUUUUUUUUAUGUAAUUUAGAAAACGUAAGUGAAUCUUUACGAUUCACGAUUCGAUUCGAUUCGAUUCGCGAUUCGAUACAUGGCCAUUUCGAUACACGAAUCGAAUCUCAAUUUGACAACUAUGGUGACCAUAGACUGGAAAGUAUGGUAUAUCUGGUAGAAGUCAGAUUUAUGAGUCAUAAGAUAAACCCAAGUGUAACGGGUGCAGUCAUCAAUAAAAGACACGUAGUAUACAGAGAAUCCCUUUUGGUGAGAACAGGAGAAGGGCCCCAAACAUCAGUAUGAAUUAAAGAAAGUGGUGUAUCAGAUAUAGAAGUACUUUUAUGAAAAGGUAAGGCUGUUAUUUUGGCAAGUUUACACCCCCGACAUUCAGUAAGUUCACUAGAAAAAAUUUUACCCAAUAUACUCGACUGAGCUAAAAACCGUAAGCGAUCAGCAAACAAAUGCCCUAAUCUAAAAUGUCACAAGUAGAAAGGACUAGAUAAAGAAUCUAACUGAAAAGAGGAAAAUGCAGUCUGAGAGGUUGCUAUAGGCAGAUGCAAGCUUUCCAUCACAUAAAGGUCUCCAACUCUACGGCCGGUCCCAAUCUGCUGUUUAGACAUCCGAUCCUGCACAGAGCAGAUAGAAGAAGAAAAGAUAACAUAAAAACCAGAGGCAUCAGGCUGACUGAUAGAUAAUAAGCUGACAGAUAACUGAGGAACAUAAAAGACAGAUAGAAUAGAGAUAGUAGACAUAGCAGAUGGUAGGACAGACCCAAUAGAUAUAACAGACAUACCAAACCUAUUAGCAGCAUUGACAGUAAUAGGAAAGGGAGGAGGAGUACAAUUUUGAAGUAAGGGGAGAUGGAGAGUCAUAUGAUGAGAGACACUGGAGUCAAAAAUCCAGAUAGACGAAGAAAUACCUGAAGAAGACUCAAGCAAACCUGAAUGAAGAAAGAAAACAAUAGAAGUAGACAGGGAUGGUUGAGAGGCAGACAGUAUAUGUUGAAGCUGAUUAAUCUAAGCACUCAAGGAAGCUAAGUCAGGAUUAGGAGCCGGAGCAGAUGCAGCAGGAGGCUGAAAAAUAUUCAGAGAAGGGGCGCAGAAUUGGAUCGGAAACUGCUGAGAAGACAAGGCAGACAAACAUCCUUCUUGUGACAAUGAUACUUCUAAUGACCCCUCUGAUGGCAGAAGGCACCUUCAUCUGAUGCCAACGGCCCCUUCUUGUUUACGAAUACACUCAUAAUAUUAGAAGUCAAAUGGGUCCAACCAAAACCAGAGAUACAAACUGUGGUAAAAAAGUAAUAAAGGAGAAACUCCAGAACACCCAAGCAAACAGUACUAAAUGGGACAAAUAUACACAGUGGGUUAGAUACGAUCAAACCUGAAUCAAGUUACAAAAUAAUGAAACAGAGAUCCUGAUGGGUCGAACAUAGAGAAGAGGCGAGUCACUUUGGUCAAAUCCUUCGGCAUGAGAGGCGAUUGUGCAGACGAUGUAUUACGAAUGGAGCUAGUGAUCGAAGAUCAGCAAUCACGGACAGAUGAUGCACCCAACCACGUCGAAGGCAACCAACGAUGGACAAGAGAAAGAGAGAUAUGUCGCGAGGUCCAGAAUGAACAAGGAACCAGAGAGGGUCGAAGCAAAUGACUGAAAACGACUGAACGACCAGACGAAUUAGAGAGACGGCUGAAGCAGACGAACUAGAGAAUCGUGAUCUGGGGAGUGCGAUUCAAACUCAAAUGAUUCGCAACUUGAUAGGUUGCGAUUCAAGCUCAGAUGGGUUGCACAAAUUCAAAAAGCAGAACCAAAGAACUCAAACGAACCAGAAAAGAUUUAAGGGAGGCUAGGGUUUUAGGCCUUGCUCUGAUACCAUGUAAGAUUCCUAAAAGCUUUUUUGUAUAUUGAAUUGUAGCAAUUUACAAAGAGUUCAUCAGUUUAUAUAGCCCUAAAUCUAUGACUGAAAAAGGAAAUACAAACUAAUUUCUAUUUACACAAUCAUGCCAUAUAUACACAACAUGCCAUAUAUACAAUAUAUUCUCACAAUAUGCACAAUUGCUAUAUCUAUAUUUAUUGUUAUGUGAGAGCUUGCUAGCUU